AUGUCGAUUUCUGGCAAUAAGUCUAUCGUUGUGAGACAGGUUUUUGCUGAAGAUUUGGACAGCGAGCUUUUGAUGAUUAAGAAAGCAAUUUUGAGGUAUCCUUUUGUAUCUAUAGAUACUGAAUUUCCGGGGACAAUAUUUAAGCCCAGUAAGCAAGUGAUUCGUGAAGGCAAUCCGAUUAUCAAUUAUCACUAUAUGAAGUUGAAUGUUGACGCGCUUCAAAUUAUUCAACUUGGCUUGAGUCUUUCAGAUGCUCGAGGUAAUUUACCAGACUUUGAUUCUCCUUUUUCUUAUGUUUGGGAAUUUAAUUUCAGAGAUUUCAAUAUCAAUCGAGACCGCUAUGCUAGUGAUUCGAUCCAACUGCUCAAAUGUCGAGGGAUAGAUUUUGAGAAGAAUAAAGAGAAGGGGAUUGAUUCUAAAGAUUUUGCAAAGAAGUUUAGGGAUUACGGCUUGCUUUUCAACUGUUGUGGUCUGACAAAUAUUAUCUGGAUUACUUUUCACGGCACUUAUGACUUCGGAUUCAUGCUAAAGAUUCUGACUCAAAAUCCACUGCCUUUGCAUCUUCACUCGUUUAUGCAUCAAUUGGCUUAUUUCUUCGGCUACAACAUUUUCGACCUCAAACACACCUUCAAGUUAUUGGGGUUGCUAGGCGGUUUAGAGAAAAUAGCUCAAACAUUAAACGUGACUCGUAUUACCGGAUCAAGUCAUCAAGCCGGUUCAAAUAGUCUACUCACACUUCGAUGUUUUAUGAAGCUCAAAAGUGAAAAUGUUUUUGAAUCUAAGUGGAACGAGACAAAUCAAAUGUUGCUACCUCCCCUAGCAUUAUACGGACUAGUUUAG